GUUCUCAAAGCCAUCAGCUUCGGCUGAGGUGGAGUCAGUCGAUCUGAGUCACCUUACGCACGGCUGCGCGUGCAUCUGACUGCUGAAGCCCACCGCUCUGUGACCUCUGCUCAGGCUGCCGGCAUGGAAGACUCUUCGGAGCAGUCCCACUGGGUGUCCCCCUCUCUGCUCAGCUCUGAUCCUCUGGCGAGUUUCUCCUCCGAUCCAGGUCUGCUGCCUUCAGAAGAGGGGGAGGCCUUCUUCUCCAGUCAGGACUCUGACUUCACCGGCCUGCCCUCCUUCUUCUCUCCUAACCAAAGCCACAGUCGAGCCCAGUCCUCAUACAGACACAGCUCAGUCCGACAGGUGUUCUCUCCCGGUCUCCUCAGCAAUCUCCAGCUGUUGGACGGGCCGCCCAGCCACUCCCUGAGCUCGCCCUACAACCCCACCGUGUCCACCUGGAGCAGCAGCCCCCUCUCCAAAACCCAACUGCACUCACACACCCCCACUUCACUCUACACCCCCGGGGUCACCCCUUCCUACACCACCUCGUCCCCGAGCAGGGAGGGGAGGGAGAGUCCCCGGCUUCAGGAGGCCCUCAAGGUGGAGCGUUUGAGCCCGCUUGGUGGGUUGGGGGCCAGCAGUAGCAGCUUCUUGAACCUGACGCCUGCCGCUGGAGGCCUGUACACCCCAUCAUCACACCCACACAUGCUGAGCCCCUACAGCUCCUACAUGAGUGGGCCACAGGAUUACAGCUCUGCGGCUCUCUACUCUGGCGCUGGAGCAUGGAUCAACCCCUCCUACUCUCCCAAACUCCGCAACAAGAUGAGGGCAACCACUCCAGAGGCCAGAGAGUGUGUGAACUGUGGAGCCACAGCUACACCCCUGUGGCGGCGCGACGGAACAGGCCACUACCUGUGCAAUGCCUGUGGACUGUACCACAAGAUGAACGGCCAGAACAGGCCUUUGAUUCGACCCAAGAAGAGGCUGAUUGUCAGCAAGCGUGCAGGAACCCAGUGUGCCAACUGCCACACUAGUACUACAACGCUGUGGAGACGAAAUGCAAACGGAGAGCCGGUCUGCAACGCCUGCGGACUCUAUUUCAAACUGCACAAUGUGAACAGGCCUCUUACCAUGAAGAAAGAAGGCAUUCAAACACGCAACAGAAAAGUCUCCAACAAAAAUAAGAAGAGCAAGAAGGCCGCUCUUCUGGACCCAUACUCCGAGGCGGGUCAGGCAGCUUCUAUGGACGAGGGCAGCUUUUCCCUCGGUCCCGGGACUCUCCUCACAUACGGCCACGCACCACACCUGAUCCCAACGCCCUCCCCGCUGCACCCCUCCGGCAGCUUACCCUACCCGCACCACCUCAACACGGGCAUGGUGCCCACGCUGGUGUGACGAGAAAAAAAUCUGCUCUUCUGCUGUUUUUUGGAAAUGCUUUCUUGUUUAUUAGUGUGUUUUUGUACAUAAUAAUACCAUGUGAAUUGUUUAAAUAACUGUAUUUUAUCAGAAAACACAAGUUUUUCUUUUUAUUUCUGUGUGAAGUUUUAAAAUUCUUCCACCCAAGAUGGCAGGUUUGACAAACGUGUGAUGGAAUUCUUUUAGCUGUAAAAGCAAACUCUAACGUGAUCUGAAGGCUUCGUCUUUAUAAGAAUUCCUCUUCUAUGAAUUAGUCUGUACGCUUGACAGGUCUCUGUUAUGUAUUUGCAUAAUUGAUUCUGCCACACUGAAACCAGAGAGUAUAAUAAAACGUUUGACAUUUUCUG